AUGGUGAACAGCAGACGCAAAUUCAAGAAAACCCGAAACACCACCAAAACCAGCUUCUCGCAGGCUUCUAUGGAGGAUUCUGAUCAUCAUUCGACUCAAUCUGGAGCAUUGGUUGGUUCCAGCGAUGACCUUUUAACCGAGAUCCUUCUCCGGCUCCCUGUUACCUCCAUCCUUCGCUUCAAAUCUGUUUCUAAACACUGGCGUUUGCUUCUAAGUCACAAACAUUUCACCCGAAGGUAUGAUAUUGAUAACCAUUCAAAAUCUCCUGGUCUUUUUGGUUGCAAUACAUAUGUCCCGUACGAUGUUGAUAACCCAAGCACUCCUCCUUUUAGUAAUCUUAGUUCCUACUUUGAUUGUCCGCGUGUCAGAAUCGUGCAAUCUUGUAACGGGUUACUACUUUGCUCUACUCAUGGGCCCAAAGGAAGCAAAGCUGCUCCUAGGUAUUACGUAUUUAAUCCCACCACCAAACAAUUGGCACUCAUCCCACCAAUCCACGAAAGUCUCAAAGUUCGUAAAACAAUCCGUUUUAUGGGUCUGGCAUAUCAUCAAACAGAUUGUGUUCACUACAAAGUUGUUUGUAUUCGGUCUUUAGAGCCUGAUAGAGACUUGUUUCAGAUUCAAAUCUACUCGUCUGACACAAGGGAAUGGAAGAUUUCUAUCGAAACUUUCUCUGCGAGUAGCCACGUCUUUCAACAGGGGGUUUACUGGAAUGGAGCUGUUUAUUGGGUUACCAAGUAUCACAAAUACUUGUAUUUUAAACUUGAUGUUGAAAAGUUGCAAAUGAUGCCCUUGCCGAUGAGGUCUGGAGUUCGUCUACAUAUAAUAGCAGCGUACUUUGGAGAAUCUAGAGGUCGUCUACAUUUAAUAGCAUACAGGAAUCACCUGGAUUAUAGACUACGCCUGAAUGUGUAUGAGAUGUUUAGCGGUCAUUCGAGUUGGUUUGUCAGAUAUCAAGUAGAUCUUAAUGCCCUUCCUGCAGAUGCUUUCCCAGAUAUCAUCUCUCGGUACGGAGUCAAUUAUGAAUUCAAAGUCAUUGAUGUGGUUAGAGGCGAAGAAGAUACAUUUGUGGUGCUGAAAAUUCGUGAAAAGAUAAUGAAAUACAAUGUUCAUGACCAGAGUUUUGAACAUAUAUAUAGUCUACCCAGGCCCAGCUGCUUCCGUGAAAAUAGUUUCCAUCGUUACACCGAAACCUUAACUUCUUUUUAA